UUAUUUAAAGUGCUCAAACUGAUUGACAGAAAAGUUACAUUAAAAAGUGUUGAAAUGGAAGAAGAUCUUAAGACACAGUGUACGGAAUACGAAAAAAUUAAUCAACUUUACGACGAAUGUCUCGACUAUCUAAAAACAGUUAAAGGUGAUUAUCAGGAAGAAGAAUUUGUUGAAAACGAUGAUCCAGGAUACGAAACGAUACGAGACGUAAAUAAAAACACAUCCGAUAACAUCAAAUCAAUUUAUAGUGUACCAAAUAAAAGUAACAUAAAAAUAUCCAAUGUAGAAUUGAAAAUUGAAAAUGAAUUGAUAUCAAAUGAAAGUCUGAACUCUAGCUGUAAGUCUGAACGUUUGAAAUGUUUAUCUCAGCAACUGCCCAAGAUCAUUAUUACUCAAAGUAAUACAAGUCUUAAUAUGAAUAAAGGUGAACAGGCUCAAGAAGCAAAUCAUAUACGUGCAGCUCCGCUUCAGAAGAGCGAUUUGAAGAUGUCUGAAAAGAUUAAGAGAACGGAACCACCUCUUCGUUACAAAGCGCAUUGUGAUUUACCAAAGCGACUCGUCUCUAAGAAUGGAGUGGAGAACGUAGCUCUGAUAUCAAAUGUACCUUUUGAAAAGAUUCGCCUGUUGAAUGACACAUUUCAUACGCUGAUAAAUCUUCGCUGGCGCUGGAUUGUAAUUGGUACUGUGGUGGUCCACUUCGCCAUCUGGUUAGUUUUUGCUGUUUUCUGGUACAUCACUGCUUUGGCCCACUACGACUUGGAGCCGGAACCCCCUCAACGAGCUUGCGUCACCGGCGGAAAGGACUUUGUUACAAUUUUUCUUGCUUCAGUUGAAGCGCAGACCACUAUUGGGUUUGGAGAUCGCGCUAUUGAUGAAGAAUGUCCCGAGUCAAUAUUUUUGUUCAUUAUGCAGUUAAUCCUCGGCACCGGGCUGUCUGGCGUAUUGACGUGCGUCGUGUAUGCUAAACUAACGAGACCAGAGAAACUCUCAAGAGAUGGCGUUGGUUUUAGCAAAAAGGCUGUUAUAUGCAUGCGUGACGGCCGGUUGUGUCUCAUGAUUCGUGCCUGGGACCUUAACUACGAUCACAUCAUUUGCUCUGAAUUCACCGCACAUUUCAUUCACACCCGUAGAACAAAGGAAGGCGAAGUAAUUCGAUAUUACGCACACAGCUUACGCCUCCAACAGCGACAAUUCCUCCUGUGGCCUGUUACCCUGGUACACGAAAUCGAUGAAUCGAGUCCAUUCUACAAACUCUCACCGCAGGACAUUGUUCAGAAUAGCUACGAGGUCACAGUUAGUCUAAGAGGUGCCUCUGCAUCAAUGGGUACCUUCACUCAGAGCCAGACAUCCUACCUGCCGAGAGAGGUGGUGUGGGGACAUCGCUUCCCCCCAGUCGUUAAGUAUGAUAUUCACAAGCAGAAAUAUGUCAUAGACCAUUCCAAGUUAGACGCCAUUGAAUACAUUAACACUCCGUUCUGCAGCGCUUACCACUUAGAAAGCAAUGGUAAGACUCCUGAAAAGUCAGAACCACCUGGCACGCCUGGCAGUUUCCAAGAUCGGAUAUCAACCUUUCAUCUUGGCAGGACAUCGUCUUUCAAAAGGAAGGAAAUGAAAUCUUGAAAAAUAUAUAAAUUGAGAAACGAUUAUACUCUUGUUGUG